UUUGAUAUUUUGAAAUAGUUUAUUAUUAAUUUUGUAUUACUCAUACAAUCUUGUGGGAUCUUUCUCUGCGAAAUCAGAGAAUUGGCACUUUUUUCGAAUAUUCUACCUAUCCUUUUUAGCAUAAUCGGUAGCGGGUUAAUUUAUGAGUACUAUGGAUACCGAAAAAUCAAGCAAUAGUUCGUUUGAGGACCUUACUAAUCUAAAUGAAGGUGAAACGAAGUCAACAUAUGCAGAUACGGAUAAAGACUCUGAUAAUAACGGAAAAGAAGAAAAAAGUAAUGUCGCUGCCGGGUCUAAAAUCGAAAGAGAAUUGCAGGAAAAUACCGAAACUAAAGAGGAUGAAAGUGCUGUUUCCGACGAAGAAUCCUGUGAUGUAUUAGGAAAUGGUCAAUUGGUUAAACGUAUUAUAAAACAGAGCCAAACUAAUAGGCGUCCAAUAAGAGGUGAUUUGGUUACAAUCACAUUCACCGGAAAAUUAGCGAAUGGAACCGUGUGUGAACAAAGGGAAAAUUUUCAAUUACAUGUUGGCGAUUUUGAGGUUGUGCAAGGACUGGACAUGGCGAUUCCGUUAAUGAACGUUGGAGAGGUUGCAGAAAUAUCGAUCGAUGCUAGAUUCGCUUAUGGGAACCUAGGUUUUAAAAACGAAACAAAUGAAAGUGCAAGCAUACCACCCGACUCAAAACUAAUAUAUGAAGUGCAUUUAUUAGAUUCUAAAAGUGAAGACUUCUCUGACUUAAAAUCUUUGGAAAUACGCAGAAAAUAUGGAACAAGUAAAAAGGAACGCGCAAAUUUCUGGUACAAUCGUAAUGAAUUCAAUACUGCAAUUCAGUUGUAUAGGCGCGCACUAGAUUACUUGGAUGAUCGCGAUGGCGACCCAGAUGCCGCUUUGGACAAAGAAGAUUUAGAACUUUCCAAUAGCGAUUUGCAAACUUUACUGGAGGAUCGAUUGAUUGUGUACAAUAACUUGGCAAUGGCUCAAAUAAAAAUAUCUGCUUUUGAUGCCGCUUUGAAAUCGGUAGAGAAUGUUCUACGUUGUCAGCCAAAUAACUCCAAAGCUUUGUAUCGGAAAGGUCGAAUUCUUGAGGGGAAAGGAGAUACAAAAGGUGCUAUUAGUUUAUUGCAAAAAGCCGCUACCCUGGAACCGGAUAGCAAAGCUAUUCAACAGGACUUAGCAAAGUUAAUAAUUAAAGCACGAAGGGAAGAACACAAUGAAAAGGAAAUGUAUCAAAAAAUGCUCGGCCAGGCGAAAAAGCUUGAGCAGAAGUGCAAACAGCCACGAAAACAACAAAGCAUGGAGAGUUCGAAGCUGAAACUCAUAGGAUAUUUGAUGGGCUCUAUUUUAAUUGGUGUUGCUGGCGUUGCUAUAUACAGAUACAAAUACUAAAUAGUUAUUGAGGAAUGGGAAGAGCCAAUCGUUUCCGGGAAACAGUUUACCACUUUUUUUUUAUUUUUCAUUAUUAAAAAUCAAAGAAACGAUGAGCAUUUAAAAAAAAAAACAAAAAAAUAAUCGGAUCUAAUUUCGGUUUCAUUACUUUAUUUUUUAUUAAAAUUUUUUUUAGUAUUGUAUAGUGUGGGAUUUAAGUGUUUUCGUUUGCUAUUUAUGUUGGUAAAUAUAUUUGGAUAUAAGGGACUUAUGAAACCAUAAUAAACAUCAUUCCACAAGGUAA